AUAACUUUAGAUGUAUAGCUCUGCUCUUACACUUGUUCUUUGCUAGAAGAUACAAAGAACCAUAAGAAAAACGAAGCCCAAUCAAUGGAGGACAAAGGCUUCACUCAAGAUGGUUCGGUAGAUCUUCGUGGCCGUCCGGUUCUCGCAUCGCAGACCGGAAGAUGGAGGGCUUGUGCUUUCUUAGUUGGCUAUGAAGCUUUUGAAAGGAUGGCUUUCUAUGGAGUAGCUGCAAAUCUAGUGGUGUAUCUUACUACUCAACUACAUGAAGACACUGUGUCAUCAGUGAGGAGUGUAAACAACUGGUCAGGAUCAGUCUGGAUUACACCGAUCAUCGGCGCAUACAUCGCCGACACAUACUUUGGUCGUUUCUGGACCUUCACUAUUUCAUCCCUCAUAUAUGCCAUGGGAAUGGUACUGUUAACCAUGGCUGUUUCCCUUAAGACCUUAAGGCCAACAUGCACUAAUGGAGUCUGCAACAAGGCCACACCAUUCCAAAUAGCCUUCUUCUACUUAUCACUGUAUAUCAUGGCUGUUGGAGCAGGUGGAACAAAGCCAAAUAUAUCAACAUUUGGCGCAGAUCAGUUCGAUGACUUUGAUCCCAAUGAGAAGAAGCUUAAGGUCUCUUUCUUCAACUGGUGGAUGUUCAGCUCCUUCACAGGAGGUCUCAUGGCCACAUUAGGGUUAGUGUACAUACAAGAGAACAUAGGGUGGGGAUUAGGAUAUGGUAUUCCUACAGCAGGGUUGCUAUUUUCAUUGGUGAUAUUUUAUCUUGGUACACCAAAUUAUCGGCAUAAGGUAAGAAAGACGAAGAGUCCGGCGAAGGCACUGGUUAGGGUUUGUGCCACCGCUUUCGCUAACAGGAGUUGUGAGUUGCCGGAGGACCCGUCGGAGUUGUAUGAGCUUGAGCCUCAGCAUUACAUGGCCACUGGCAAGAGGAGAGUUCAUCACACUAUGGCUUUCAGAUUCCUAGACAAGGCUGCAAUAAAAGAAGGAAACAAGAAGAGCAAUCCAUGCACGGUGACACAAGUAGAAGAAACAAAACUACUGCUUGGCAUGGCCUUAAUUUGGCUGGCCACCAUCAUCCCCUCCACCAUUUGGGCUCAAGCAAACACCCUCUUCGUCAAACAAGGCACAACUCUAGACCGCACUAUCGGUCACCACCACAACUCCUUUCAAAUCCCCGCCGCCUCUCUCGGCAGCUUCAUCACCAUCUCCAUGCUUCUCUCCGUCCCCAUCUAUGACCGCUACUUCCUCCCUUUCAUGCAACGUCGAACCUCCAACCCUAGGGGCAUCACUCUCCUACAACGUCUAGGCAUCGGCUUCGCCUUUCACGUUGCCGUCACUGCCGUCGCCUACUUCGUCGAGCUCAAACGCAUGCACGUAAUCAAGACACACAACAUCAGCCACCCCACCGACAUCGUCCCUAUGAGCAUCUUCUGGCUCUUGCCACAGUACAUCCUUCUCGGCAUCGGAGAUGUGUUCAAUGCCAUUGGUUUGUUAGAAUUCUUUUACGACCAGUCGCCGGAGGACAUGCAGAGCUUGGGAACCACGUUCUUUACUAGUGGUAUAGGGGUGGGCAAUUUCCUUAAUAGUUUUCUUGUUACAAUGGUUGAUAAGUUGACUAGAAGAGGAGGAGGGAAGAGCUGUAUUGGCAACAACCUUAAUGACUCUCACUUGGAUUACUACUAUGCUUUUCUUAUAGUUAUAUCUGUUCUCAAUCUUGCUGUUUUUGUUUGGCUUGCUAGUGGGUAUCAGUACAAGAAGGAGAGCUUGGAGUUGGAGGCCAUAACUGGCUCUGAGGCUAAGCUUGUCAGUUUGGUGCCAACUGAUCAUCGUUCUCAAGUUAAUCUUAGUGCUUGAUUCAUUAUGGUUACUGUUUAAUUUGUGGAGUGUUCUUUUUCUGUUUGUUCGUUGGAAGUCUGCACAUCAAGAUGUGGAGAGAUUAUUAUGUACUCUUUAAAUAUAAUAAUAAUUAAAAAAAAAGAAGAAUAUUAUCUACUAGUAGAUGGAGAGUUUUCACUUUUCACA